UUGGAUUCUCGCAGUAGUCUUGCUUUCUUCUUUUCUCUCACGAAAACAAAAAAGACCUAAAACAUUGUUUUUUAAUUUGCCUACUUUCUCCUUAAUUCGUUUCCUUUCUCCGGCGAAAACAAUGGCCGAGCUCCUUCUUUCUGCAUUCCUUCAAGUGUUGUUUCACCGACUGGCAUCUCCCGAGUUGCUGAAAUUUGCUCGUCAAGAGGGACUUCGAAAACAGCUGGACAAGUGGGGCAAAACCAUGGAAAGAAUUCGAGAGGUGCUUGAUGAUGCAGAUGAGAAGCAACAAACUAAAAAGACAGUGAAAGCUUGGCUUGAUGAACUAAGAGACUUGGCCUACGAUGUGGAAGAUAUACUUGAUGAGUUUGCCAUAGAAGCUUUGCAACACAAGUUGAUGGCUGCUGAAAGUCAGGCUAGCGCUAGUAUGGUACGAAAUCUCGUCCCUGCUUGUUGUACUAGUUUAACUCCAAGUGCUAUUAAGAUCAAGUUUAGGCUGGGCUCAAAGAUAGAGAAAAUGAAUACAAGAUUUUAUGAUCUCAUGACACAAAAAGAUCAACUUAAUUUGAAGGAAAAUGUUAGUCCGAGGCCAAACAAAAGAAGAGAGAGACCUCCCUCAACUUCCGUGGUGACUAAAGGUCACAUAUACGGUAGGGAGGAAGUCAAAGGGGCUGUACUUCAAUUAUUGGUCAGUGAAAAGCAUAGUGAUGCUUCGAAUAAAGUACCCAAUGUGAUACCUAUAGUUGGUAUGGGGGGUAUUGGAAAGACAACAUUGGCGCAACUGAUAUACAAUGAUCAAAAAGUGGAGAGCUUUUUCAAUCUGAAAGCAUGGGCUUAUGUUUCAGAAGAUUUUGAUGUUGCUACAAUUACAAAAACAAUUUUACAAUCUUUGACCUCGAAAAACUGUGAUGGCAAAGAUCUAAAUUGGUUGCAAGUCAAAUUGAAGGAGAAACUACUUGGGAAAAGGUUUCUAGUAAUUAUUGAUGAUGUUUGGAAUGAGAACUACUAUGAUUGGACUCUCCUACGUGCUCCUUUUGAAGUAGGGGCUCCGAGAAGUAGUAUUAUUGUCACAACUCGUAUCCAGAAAGUCUCCUCACUAAUGCGAAACAAGGAAGUUGAGCCUUUUCAGUUGGAGGGGUUGUCAAAUGAAGCUUGUUUGUCCAUAUUUACCCAACAUGCAUUGGAUGCAAGAGACUUCAGUGCCCAUCAAAACCUUAAAGAUAUUGGUGAGAAAAUUGUUAGUAGGUGUAAAGGCUUGCCAUUGGCAGUGAAAACUAUUGGAGGAGUCUUACGCAGUAAACAUGAAGACUACAAUGAGUGGGAAAAGGUUUUGAAGAAUAAGAUAUGGGAUAUUUCAAUGGAAGAAAGUGGAAUUCCUUCCUCUCUUAUGGUAAGCUAUGACAAUCUCCCUUCACAUUUAAAGAGGUGCUUUGCAUACUGCUCAAUACUACCAAAGGACUAUAAAUUUGAGGAAAAGGAGGUGGUUCUAUUAUGGAUGGCAGAAGGUCUAAUUAAACCCCUACAAGAUGAAGAGGAAAUGGAAGAUUUGGGUUCCAAAUAUUUUUGCAAUCUGUUGUCAAGGUCAUUUUUCCAACAAUCACGUAUUAAUGAAUCACAAUUUGUGAUGCAUGACCUCAUCAAUGAUUUGGCUCAGUCGGUUGCAGGCAAUACGUGCUUUAGAAUGGAAGAUAGGGUUGGAGGUUAUUGCUAUUUGGCUCAUCAUGUUCAUUUCAAAUUGGUUCCAAGAUUACAUUCUUUAAGGGUGUUAUCUUUCAACGGAUACAACAUAAUGGAGCUAUCGGAUUCUAUUGGUGAUUUGAAGCAUCUACGGUACCUUGACCUUUCCCAAACUCGAAUUAGAGACCUGCCAGAAUCAAUAACUAGUCUCUACAAUUUACAAACAUUGUUGUUGGAGAGCUGUAUUUGUCUAAAGAAAUUACCUUUAAUGUUUCGAAACUUGGUCAACUUGCGCCACCUCAACAUUGAACAUGCAAAUAGUUUGGAAGGAAUGCCUAUGCAAAUAGGUAAACUAACUUGUCUUCAAACACUAUCUAAUCUAGUUCUGGGAAAAGACAGUUGCUCUGGAAUAAAGGAGCUCGGACCUUUGAAGCAUCUCCGAGGGACACUCUGCAUUUCAAGAUUAGAGAAUAUGAUUGAAUCGAAGGAUGCAAAGGAUGCUGAAUUAAUUAAAAAGACUAAAAUUAGUGCGUUGUGGUUGGAAUGGAGUAAAUACAUUGAUGAGUCAAAACACACGACAAGUGAACUAGAGGUACUAAAUGGGCUACAGCCUCACGAUGCUCUGAUGAAGCUGGUUAUAAUUAACUAUGGUGGUACAAGAUUUCCUAAUUGGUUAACAUCUCCUUCAUUUCCUCAUAUGGUCUCAUUGAGAUUAGAAAAUUGUUACAACUGCACAUCAUUACCUCCAUUGGGGCAAUAUGUGCCAUCACUAAAAAAUCUUUCGAUUGAGGGCAUGGCUAAUGUGAAGAGUGUUGGUUCUGAAUUUUGUGGCAGUAAUUUAGAGACUUUGCAUUUCCAUGACAUGGAGGAGUGGAAGAAUUGGAGUCCUUGUGAAGAAUUCCCAAAUCUACGUGAGCUUUUCCUUCAUAAGUGUCCGAAGCUAUUAGGGAAGUUACCGAACAACCUUCCUUUACUAAACAAAGUUGUGAUAAAUGAUUGUGCGCAAUUGGUGGUCUCACUUUCAUGCUUUCCAGAUAAAUGCAAAUUUAACAUUGAGGACUCCGAAGUGCUUGAUAUGGAAGGGGUGGUGUGUGGAAGCAAGGUUACAUUCAAAUCAAUCAAAUUCUCCAGAUCACUUUCACCAAUUUCAAAUGAAGGGCUUGAUAUGGAAGGGCUGGCAAAGUCAGAAUGGUUAAGUAUUAUAAACUGUGAGGAGCUGGCGGAUUUGUGGUCAGACAACAAGGGAUCACUACCACAUCUCUCAUUCUUGCGUCAUCUCAAGGAGUUGAUCAAGAGCGUCUCCAGCCGAGUAUACCAUCAUUACCCAAGGCAUUGAUGUACAACAACACGUGUCUUCAGUCUAUGGAUAUCAGAAAUUGUGCAUUUUGCAAGAAGCCAUCUGCCUCCAACUUUAAAGCAGCUACAUAUAUGGGACUGCAAGAGUAUGAGGAAUUUGGUGGAGGAUGAUGAUAAUGAUACAAACAACUGUACUUGAAGUAGUGGCAUCACAUCUCUUCUUGUGAACUUGGAAGUUGUCAAUUGUCCAUCCCUUGAAUUCUUAACAUGACGCGGGGAAUUACUCAUUUCUUACAAAUUGAGACCCACGUUUGCUGAGAUCUUGGCUUCUUUAAAGCCGUUGCAGAAGCCAAUAACCAGUUCUCAAGUUCCCAGGCCAAUCAUAUCCCCAGGCAGUGGUCAUCAGAAGGCUCUGCCAUCACAAAUUGCAGAAGAAGCAGGCUAGAAGAGCAAACUAUACCAUCAUACUCUUUGUCAUUGGACUACAAAAAUAUGGGUGAAGUUCUAGAUUGCCUUGGACUAGUAUGAGAAAAUGACAAGUUGUGAUUCUUUCUUCUCAAUUCCCUUUUGUCCCCAUCACAGUGCAACUAUCCUCAAGGUUGUAUAUUUGUUAGUAGAAAACCAUUGCAAUUGUUGUAAUCAAUGUUUUGAAAAUUUUUCUUUU